UGGGUCGGGUUCAGGCGACGGCAGGAGCGAUGUACCGAUCAUGGAAGAUUAUCUACCGGUUGAUAUGGAGGACGAUGACGAUUCCUCCUUACCAAGGCUGGAGGGCUCUGGAGUGGAGCUUGGAGCGCCACCACCACCCCUCCCCCCACCCCCACCCAUGCACGGCUGCGACACAGACCAUUGUCAGGACGUGGGCGUGUGGGCGUGCAGCGGCGUGGAGUGGACCCACGCCAUCUUCCCCAACCUACUGGGUCAGGGCCCGCGCGAGGCCGAGCCUGUCGCCUCCAAAUUCUGGCACCAACUUCACACCAUCGCCUGCAGUCACGAAUUUCGCUUUGUAGUGUGUGGGGUGCUGGCACCACCAUGCGCCCCUGGGCUGACCAAACCUCUACCGCCUUGUAGAGAGGUGUGUGACUCUGCCAUGAAGCAGUGUCUCCCAAUAAUGGAAAAGUACUACCUGUUUUGGCCUGAAGACACGUUCACUUGUCAAGAACUGCCUUAUAGUCACCAGGAGCCCUGCCUCAGGUACCACCAAGGACAGGUUGUCUUCCCACCGGGGGUCAACACUGACUGCUCCCACCAAGACUACAGCUAUGAAGACUACGACUAUGAGGGUUACGACCAGCUGCCUGCCCUCACUCUGUACGAGGACCACUUCAUCGGAGGCUUAGAAGACGACGUAGAUGCUGACCUUGGCUUCAUAUCUUCGAGGGAACUCGAAACAUAUGAAUUGAAUUAUGAGACGUUUGACAUGCCCCCCGUUACAAACAUGUCAUCUACACCUUCGUCUACCACACCGAGGGCAACACUAACAACAACCCCUUUCACUACCACCUCGAAAACACUAACACUCCCUUCAACUACCACAUCAAGAACACUAACAACCUCCACCAUGGCCACCCCAUCAACCACCCUCCUCCCUGACAGCACCACCCCAAGGAUCAGAUUUGCACCCACUCCCACCUCCACCCUAGCCCUUCUCUCGAGGUCUUCAGUUGUCUCCACCGACUAUGGCACUAGUUACCUCCAUGGAGACGAUAUUGUCAAUGACGAGUUAUAUCUUCCUGGACCUAAGGGGGAGAAGGGAGCGCGAGGACCCAGGGGCCCCCCUGGAGAGUCGACAGGCCCCAAGGUCCUCCAGGGCCCCCUGGAGCAACUGGAUCUGCCCUCAACUUGCUUGAUUUUGGCUCUGGUGCCGGCGAAGACUUCAUCCCUGAGUCUGACUUUAGUGGUGGUCGUCGAAUUCUUCCUGUUGGACGUGGUGAAUGCCUUUGCAAUGAAACCAUGCUGGUGGCUGCUGUCCUCAAACAGAUACCACGAGGACCCCCUGGUCCUGGAGGGGUCCCCGGCCGGAAUGGAAUGUCUGGUAGUCCAGGAACACCGGGUCGGCCCGGACCCCCAGGGGAGCGAGGAGCCCACGGGGUGAAAGGAGAUAAAGGGGACAGAGGAUAUCCAGGUCGCCAUGGUCCUGAGGGUAUUCAAGGAGACAAGGGAGAGUCUGGUAUUGAUGGCAACCCAGGCAGACAAGGAGAGAGAGGACCACAGGGACCCCCAGGAACACCUGGUUUGGGCAACGCUGGCUUUGAC